CCCGCAGAUCAAGGAUACAAAAGCACCACACCUGAGUGCAGGUGCACUCUGUACUUCCUUGUCAAUCUCAACAUGCACUCAGGCUGGUGUGGAUUCUUGCUCCUGGUUUUACUGGUUCCAGGUGGCGCUGGGCAGCUGGCUGACUGUGGCACCGUGGCAGUCACCCGCAUCGUGGGAGGUAGAGACGCCAUUCCGGGAGGUUGGCCCUGGCAGAUAAGCCUGCACAGAAACGGGUUUCACACCUGCGGCGGGUCUCUGAUCAACAGCCAGUAUGUGCUGUGUGCCGCCCACUGCUUCCCAACGGCUGUGACAGCCAACCUUGAGGUCUUUUUGGGCCUCCAAACCCAGGAAGGGACCAACGAUAACUUGGUGCGGCGUUUGGUGGCCCAACUCAUGGUCAACGCUGCCUACAACCCCAAUACCAACGACAACGACAUAGCCUUGAUGCAGCUCGACCAGCCCGUCACCUUCAACAACUUCAUCAGGCCCGUGUGCCUCGCCGCCAGUGGCAGCGACAUCCCAGCUGGAACCGACUUUAUCAUCACGGGAUGGGGCACCAUUGGCAGUGGGGUGCCGCUUCCGUCCCCGCAGACGCUGCAGGAAGUGUCCGUUCCCGUGGUGUCCAAUGAUCAGUGCAGAGAGACGUACAGCGUCAUCACCAGCAACAUGAUCUGUGCCGGACUCACGGAGGGCGGACGAGACUCGUGCCAGGGCGACUCAGGUGGUCCCAUGGUCAGCCUGAGUAACUUUACUACUAACGUAACUCGGUGGGUCCAAGGCGGCGUGGUGAGUUUCGGAAUAGGAUGCGCUCUGCCCAACAUACCGGGAGUCUACGCCCGAGUGUCUGAGUACGAGCAGUGGAUCAGAGAUCGCGUAGGCAGUGACGUCCCGGGCUUCGUCGACUUCAGAGCCAGCACAACCCCGACCAUACCCCUGCCUUCAACCUCAUCUGGCUUCUCCCUAUUGGCUCCUCUGCUGCUGUCCCUUCUGCCGUCUGUCCUCAGCGUCCCCAUGCUGCUGUGAGGACGACAUAUUUAUCAACCAUCACAGUGAAAGUGCCUCAUGUUACAUAACAGGCAGCUGCUGUCAGCCAUUACACUGUUUCAUUGUUUCCAUGUUACAUCAAAUCAGUCAAGUGUUGGUGAACUGAUCUCAAAUGAACACUUUGUUGAAUAGGAGUUUACUUUCUGUGAUUUUCUCUUUGUUUUCCAUGCCAAAUCGUCCCCAAUGUUUGCACUGAUGUUAAAAAAAAUUGUGUCACUCUUUUUACGCUUUUAUCCAAGCUGUGCAGUCGGCACUUUAAAUUGAAGCAGGACGAUGAAGGAUGCAAUCGUGAGUUAGGGCCCUUUGUCACAGUGGAAUGUACCGUAUAAUUUUUGCAUUACUCGAUUUUGGAUGGCUUUUCUUGAAAUAAAUGAUGUUGCUUA